UGAUACAAGUUAGUGCAGAGAAUGGAUUGAUGAAGCAAAGCAUUAAUGAACAUGGAUUGAUGAUGCAGAAUGUUAUUUAUUGGCUUCUUUUUAUUUUUGUAUUGUCAUAGGUUAUUAUUAUGCAACCUUAAAAAUAGGCAUACAAAAAGUGUUAUCCUGUUUAAGUUUGAAGGCUGUCCGAAUAGUUCUAGAUAUUGUUAUUGUUAUGGAACCAUGACUCUCUCAAUUACAUUCUCUGUCUUCUAUUCUUAGCUCUCCUUUUCUAUCUUCUCUCUCUUCCUUGUUUCAAUGCUAUCAAAACUUUUCCACCCUCCACCAAGCCUUUUCUUCUUCAACCCUAGUAGUUUCUCUUUUCUUUUUAUCUCCAUUGAGAAUAUCAAACCUUUACUGGGCGCACACGCCGCCCGUAGCGCGUGUGUGCCAUAUAUCCUUCUUCUCUAUGGCACUAAUAAAUCAUAUUAUGAACAAUAAAACCAUAUUCAUUAUAUUGUUAUGUGUUGUUUCAUCUUAUGCUGCUUCCGACUCUGAAUUGCUCCUCAAGGUAAAGGAAAAUCUAGAAAGACCUGACAAUGUAUUGACAUCAUGGAACGAAACAACAGCUCCUUGUGACGGCGAUCAUAGCAAUUGGUACGGUGUUCGUUGUUAUCAAGGAAAAGUUUGGGGAUUGAAGCUUGAGCGUAUGGGGCUAAAAGGGACCAUUGAUAUUGAUUCUCUUAGGCAGUUACCAUAUCUUAGAACUAUUAGUUUCAUGAAUAAUGAAUUUGAAGGUUCUUGGCCUGAGAUUAACAAAAUUUUUGGUCUUAAGUCGAUUUUUCUUUCAAAUAACAAUUUUUCUGGGGACAUUCCUGGUGAUGCUUUUGAAGGUAUGAUGUGGUUGAAAAAAAUUCAUUUGUCAAAUAAUCAGUUUACAGGUGCUAUUCCACCUUCUGUGGUAUUGUGUCCAAAGCUUAUGGAGUUGAGAUUGGAUGGAAACUACUUCAUUGGUCCUCUUCCUCAUCUUAGACAAGCCAGAUUGAAAUCAUUCACUGUAGCUAAUAAUCAGUUGCAUGGACAAAUACCAACCACACUUAGUAAAAUCGCGGUUUCUUCCUUUGCCGGUAAUGAAGGUUUAUGUGGAAAACCAUUGGCUCCAUGUACCGCAAAGAAGCCGUCAAUUGCAAGUAUUUGUGUGGUUAUUGUGGUUGUUUGUGUAGCACUGAUUGUGAUUGGAGCCGCAGUGUUUUUCAUCCUUCAUCGGCGACAAAAACGGGAGCAAUCACUGGGUCAAGAGAAUCCACCUUCAGGGUGCAACAACAACAAACUAGGACGGGGAGAUAUCGGUAAUGACAGUAUAAGGUCAACAGGAUCAGUGAGUUCCACUCACAGCAGAAGAGGUGAUCAGAUGAAGUUGUCUUUUAUAAAAGAUGACAGAGAAAAAUUUGAUUUGCAAGAGUUGUUGAGAGCUAAUGCUGAGAUUUUGGGAAGUGGUUGUUAUAGUUCUUCUUAUAAGGCUUCUUUGACAACUGGACCAACAAUAGUUGUGAAGAGGUUUAAGCAAAUGAAUAAUGUAGGGAAGGAAGAGUUUCAAGAACAUAUGAGAAGGAUAGGAAGAUUGAAUCAUAAUAAUUUGAUUCCUCUUGUGGCUUACUAUUAUAGAAAAGAAGAAAAGCUUUUGGUUACUGACUAUGUUCAAAAUGGCAGUCUGGCUGUUCGCCUUCAUGGACACCAACAACUAGGUGAACCAAGCCUUGAUUGGCCAACAAGAUUGAAGAUUGUGAAAGGAAUAGCAAAAGGUCUUGAAUAUCUAUACAAAGAUAUGCCAAGCCUAAUUGCACCUCAUGGAAAUCUAAAAUCCUCAAAUGUACUUCUAACAGAAAAAUUUGAACCACUCCUCAUAGAUUAUGGAUUAGUCCCAGUUACAAACCAAGAAAUGGCCAAGGACAUAAUGGUAAUAUACAAAUCACCUGAAUAUUUACAACAAGGAAGAAUCACAAAGAAAAGUGAUGUUUGGUGUCUUGGAAUAUUAAUAAUUGAAAUUUUAACCGGUAAAUUUCCAGCUACAUUUUUACAACAAGGUAAAGGAAGUGAGGUGAGUUUAGCAAGUUGGGUGGAUUCAGUAGUACCAGAGGAGUGGAAUAGUUCAGUGUUUGAUAAAGAUAUGGGUGAAACAAAGAAUGGUGAGGGUGAGAUGGAAAAACUUUUGAAAAUUGCAUUGAGUUGUUGUGAAGGGGAUGUUGAUAAAAGAUGUGAUUUGAAAGAAGCUGUAGAGAAAAUUCAAGAAGUAAAAGAGAGAGAUGAGACAGGUGACAUGAAAUGAAAAUAAUAAUUUAUUUUCUUCAUGUCUUGUUUUUAUCUAUAUCCCUUUCAAAAAACAUAUGUCACAUUAAUAUGAGAGAUGGAUAUAUUAAUUUACCCAAGGGGCAUUUUCUCUACAGACUGCUUCUUCUGAUGUACUGCUAGUUUAUUUUGAUAGUUUAUAAAUGAUUGCUUAACAAUAUUCUGUAGAUUAUUUUGCAUUAGGGUAUUGCAACCUUGAGGAAGUGGCAUACAUAGAGCAAAUUGAUCACUUAUAUCCUCGGUUACGCAAAGCAUUCAUUUUGUAAACUCUCACAUGUUGAUUUUGUUAGGAGAUAAGUCAAUUGAGCUACUCGCACUCUUGUUGGUGCGACUAAAUCUCUUGCUUGUUCCUAUCUUUUUAGUGAUAUCCAACAUGUAUUUAGUCAAUUAUUAUCAAUGAAAUGUUAUAAUCAUUUGUUUGUUAAAAAAAGAGUAAAACAGCCUGUAUUUUCAUAGCUAAAUGGGAUAAAGCUCCUAGACAAUAUUCUAUUGCGUAUAAUAGUUUUAUACGAUGAAACUUGUUACAUUUUUUCCCUUUAAUUUGAUCAAAUAUUUUUUAAC